AUGACACUGUAUCUUUUAAAUCAGUGGAAGAAUCAACCGGGUGGAGCUCAAAACGCAAGUGCAUUUUUGCUUGCUUUAAAAAGUGAGCAUUCGUCUAUGCGCGAAAAAGAAUUGAUUAUUGAGGUAUUAGAUGACUGGGAUGUUUUGACACCAACCUGGUUUGAAGUAGCCGACUAUCUGAGCGUCAUCGAAGGACUCCAUGAGGAUGAACAUUUUAGACAGCGUUAUCUUGCCGCUCUCCUAGCUUCCAAGGUUGCUUUUUGUUUGGGCGACUAUAAUGGCGCCUUGCAACUUGCUUUAGCUGCUGAAGAUAAGUUCCAGCUUACGCCACGGUCACCUUCGAUUCUUGUUGGCUCACAAGAUGAACAGUAUGUAAAUAAAAUGAUCGAGCAUGCUCUGGACACAUAUAAACAAGCUAAACGUAAUGAAGAUGAAAUAGAUCCUCGCUUGGAAAAGCUCAUUAACCGACUUUUUGAGAGAAACAUGAAAAAACGAGAAUUGAGAUAUGUGAUUGGGCUUGCGCUGGAUACGCGUAGAACGGAUAUGAUUUUAGUCGCUAUCAAGGCUACUGACGAUCAAGCAGCUUUGCUAACCGAAACUGUAGCGAAAGUAUUGGAAUCACAAAUGGAUCGAGCUUUCCGAAGUAUAGUGUUGGAUUUGCUAUUUCAUUUGUUUGCCGAGUUGGAGGAGCCUGAUUUUGUUUCUAUGUGUCAGUGCUUGAUUAAACUUGAAAAACCAGAUGAUGUUGCGGAUAUCCUACAACGAUUGGUUUCUAAUAAGGGUGACAGCGGUGUAUUAUUAGCAUAUCAAAUUGCUUUUGAUUUGUACGAAAAUGCUUCACAGCAGUUUAUCAGUAAAAUAGAGCAAGCCCUCAUAGACAGCACUCCAAUAGAUGCGCCAACAACGAGCGGUGCAGCGACACAGCCCAUGGAAAUUAUAACUGAAGGAGAAACUAAAAACACUGCCAUAAUUGCUUCACAAGCAUCGUCUACCGAAACUACUAUUGCUAAUGAAGAGGCAGAAGAAGGGAAGAGCGAUGAGCAUUCGAAGGAUACGUCGUCAUCUGAAUCAAUGGAGGAAAAAGAAAAGCAGAAGAAAAAUAAUUCCGAAAUAACCAAGUCUUCUGAUGGUACCAUUAUUGAUGGGGUAUCGGAAACUUCUAAUUCUACCAGUACAGCGGCUAAUACGGCAAAAAGGAUGACAAAGGAGGAAGCAUCAUGUGCUGAAAGAUCAAAAAUAAAGGAUAAAGUUGUCUGUGAGCGUUUGCGAUCAAUUUUGCGUGGAGAGCAAACCAUCAAACAUCAUAUGCAGUUUCUUAUCAAAAACAAUCACACAGAUAUGUUGAUUUUGAAACAAAUAAAAGAAAGUGUACGAACAGCAUCAGCACAUAAUGCUACUGUCAUUGCAAAUGGUUUGAUGCAUCUAGGAACAACAACUGAUGAUUUUCUGAGAGAUAAUUUGGAAUGGAUAAGCAAAGCAACGAACUGGAAUAAAUUUAAUGCUGUGGCAUCACUUGGACUUAUUCAUAAGGGUCAUGAAGCAAAUGCGUUGAAGUUGUUAGAUCCAUAUUUGCCAAAGGGCGAAGCUGAUCAGUUUGGAUUUAAGGAAGGUGGCUCUUUAUAUGCUUACGGAUUGAUUCACGCAAAUCACGGUAGUGCUGAAGUAAUUGCUUAUCUUAGGGAUCAGUUAUUGAAAGCAACAACAUCAGCAGCACGUCAUGGCGCCUGUCUCGGUCUUGGUUUGGCUGCAAUGGGAACUCAUGAUGAACAAGCUAGUGAAGCCGCUGGCCUAGCAAUGGGUCUUAUAAUGGUUGGAGGAAUGCAAACAGAAGCGUAUCAGGAAAUGGUACAAUAUGUUUGUGAUACACAACACGAUAAAAUUCAACGUGGUUUGCGUGCAGGCAUCGCUCUUCUUGCUUAUGGACAACAAGAAGAGGCAGAAAAACUGAUAGCCCCUUUGUUAGAACAUAAAUCGAACGCAGUAUUGCGCUCAACUGCAGUUUGCAUGCUUGCGAUGGCAUACGCGGGAUCAGGUAAAGCAGAUGUAGUUCGGCGGUUGCUGGCUAAAGUUGCCGCUGAUCCAAAUCAAGAUGUAAAACGUUUUGCUGUCAUCGCUAUCGGUUUUGUUCUUAGCAAGAGCGAAAGAAGGCUUUGA